CCCCCUGUUCGUUCAGUCAGUCAGUCAAUCGGUCGGUGGUCGCUAGGCGGCUGGCUCGGCUCCGUUCAGUACGUUACGCGGUCCGGUCUGCGGUUUUUAUUCUCUCUAUUUGUGACAGACCACGUGGAAUCUCUUCCAGUCAUGCCGGACCGCAGACCCUUCGAGCGGCUCCCCGCGGACGUGAGGCCCGUCAACUAUGGGCUCUGUCUCAAGCCCGAUCUCAUAGACUUCACCUUCGAGGGGAAACUGGAGGCCGCUGUGGAGGUGACGAAUGCCACGAAUCAGAUUGUUAUGAACUGUGCCGACAUAGACAUUAUCACUGCCUCGUAUGUGCCAGAAGGAGAUGAAGAGAUUCAUGCCACAGGUUUUAACUAUCAGAAUGAAGAUGAGAAAGUCACACUGUCCUUCCCUAGUACUUUGCAAAAGGGUACCGGGAUGCUGAAGAUUGACUUUGUUGGGGAGCUGAAUGAUAAAAUGAAAGGGUUCUAUCGCAGCAAAUAUGCCACAGCAUCUGGAGAAACGCGCUAUGCUGCAGUCACUCAGUUUGAGGCCACAGAUGCACGAAGAGCUUUUCCUUGUUGGGAUGAACCAGCUAUCAAGGCAACCUUUGACGUCAUUUUGAUUGUCCCCAAAGAUCGAGUAGCUUUGUCAAACAUGAACCUAGUUGAGCGUAAGCCAUACCCUGAUGAUGAGAGCCUGGUGGAAGUGAAAUUUGCACGCACCCCUGUAAUGUCUACCUAUCUCGUGGCCUUUGUGGUAGGGGAGUAUGACUUUGUAGAGACACGAUCUGCCGAUGGAAUUCUGGUUCGGGUUUAUACGCCAGUUGGAAAAGCAGAGCAAGGAAAAUUCGCCUUAGAGGUUGCUGCUAAAACUCUGCCUUUCUAUAAGGAUUACUUCAAUGUUCCCUACCCUCUUCCCAAGAUUGACCUCAUCGCGAUUGCAGACUUUGCAGCUGGAGCCAUGGAAAACUGGGGCUUGGUCACCUACAGGGAGACAGCUUUGCUAAUCGAUCCUAAGAACUCAUGCUCUUCCUCUCGCCAGUGGGUGGCACUGGUUGUGGGCCAUGAACUGGCACACCAGUGGUUUGGAAACCUAGUUACUAUGGAAUGGUGGACCCACUUGUGGCUAAAUGAAGGUUUUGCAUCGUGGAUUGAAUACCUCUGUGUAGACCAUUGCUUCCCAGAAUAUGAUAUAUGGACCCAAUUUGUCUCAGCUGAUUAUACUCGCGCUCAAGAACUGGAUGCACUGGAAAAUAGCCACCCCAUCGAGGUCAAUGUGGGCCAUCCCUCUGAAGUGGAUGAAAUAUUUGAUGCCAUAUCCUACAGCAAGGGAGCAUCUGUUAUCCGUAUGCUGCAUGAUUACAUCGGAGAUGAGGACUUCCGAAAAGGCAUGAACCAAUACCUCACCAAAUUCCAGGAAAAGAAUGCUGCUACAGAGGACCUAUGGGAGUCACUUGAGCAAGCCAGUGGGAAGCCGAUUGCUGCAGUAAUGAGUACGUGGACCAAGCAGAUGGGUUUCCCAUUGAUCUAUGUGGAAUCAGAGCAGAAAGACGACACACGAAUAUUAAAGCUGUCUCAAAGGAAGUUCUGUGCCAGUGGGCCGCAUAAUGGUGAGGAGAGUCCCCUUUGGAUGGUACCGAUCAGCAUCUGCACCAGUGAAUCGCCAGCGUCGGCUAAAUUGAGAUUUCUUAUGGACAAGCCAGAGAUGACUGUUGUUCUAGAAGGUGUGACCUCAGACCAGUGGGUUAAGUUAAAUCCAGGGACUGUUGGUUUCUACCGCACCCAGUACAGCCCUUCUAUGCUGGAAAGUUUGUUGCCUGGUAUUAGAGAUCUGUCCCUUCAGCCUGUGGACAGGCUAGGCCUGCAGAAUGAUCUGUUUUCCUUGGCGCGCGCAGGCAUCAUCAGCACGGUUGAAGUCCUUAAAGUGAUGGAGGCCUUUGUGAAUGAACCUAAUUACACUGUAUGGAGCGACUUGAGCUGUAAUCUAGGGAUCCUGUCCACACUCUUAUCUCACACAGAGUUCCAUGAGGAGAUUCAAGGUUUCAUCAGAGAUGUCUUCUCACCGAUUGGACAACGCUUAGGCUGGGAUCCUAAGUCUGGAGAGGGACACUUGGAUGCACUGUUGAGGGGGCUAGUAUUAGGAAAGCUGGGAAAGGCUGGCCAUAAACCUACUCUGGAAGAAGCACGACGUAGAUUUAAGGACCAUGUAGAUGGAAAGAACACGCUCAGUGCCGACCUUAGGAGUCCGGUUUAUGUGACUGUUCUGAAGCAUGGGGACACCGCAACUUUGGACACGAUGAUGAAGCUACACAAGCAAGCCGACAUGCAGGAGGAAAAGAAUCGAAUUGAGAGGGUUCUUGGAGCCAUUUCUCCCACAGAGUUGAUCCAGAAGGUGUUAACCUUCUCGCUUUCGGAUGAUGUACGUCCACAGGACACAGUGUCUGUAAUCGGAGGAGUCGCUGGAGCCAGCAAGCAAGGAAGAAAGUCUGCAUGGAACUUUGUGAAGGACAACUGGGAGGAAUUGUAUAACCGGUACCAAGGCGGCUUCCUUAUCUCACGACUUAUAAAACUUUCUGUGGAUGGGUUUGCUAGUGAUAAGAUGGCUGCAGAAAUCAAGGCAUUCUUUGAUGCUCACCCAGCGCCCUCUGCUGAACGUACAGUGCAACAGUGCUGUGAAAAUAUCCUACUGAAUGCUGCUUGGCUGAAGAGGGACGCAGAUGCCAUGCAUCAGUAUCUACUGCUGCGCAAGUCACCUUCCUCUACGGUGUGAUUGUGCGCAGUGGUUCCCAUCUGCCUGCUCUCUCACUGCCCCAACAGGCUAAACCCUAGGCCCCCUGCUAUGGGAGGCUAUGUACCCGUCCUCCCUCAUCCCUCAACACCCUUUCCACCCAUUGGGAAGCUGGUGCAAAACAAGAAAAAGAAAGCUCCCAUAUGAUCCUUGCUCAGUCCCCAAACAAUUCCUUAGGGAUUUUAUUCAAUUGCUCAGUCAAAUCUGUAUAUAUGAUAGAAGUAGCGUCAAGCUGCUAUCAGUGAAUCUCCCAGAUGCCCUUUCUGUGGCUAUUCUGCCCGAGAGUAGACAGGGGAAAAGAAUGUUACUAUUGCCUCCUGUGAGGUAGAGGUACCAAACACCAGUGUAGAGGGUUAUCUUUAAGGGGGCCGCAACCUGACGAGUUAUUACAGAGCGUGCAUUAGCCAAGGCCAUUAACGGAAGGUGGCUGGGUUUAGAUGGAACUUUUUUUUUUUUUUUUAUCUCCUUUAUUUUCUGGUGAGGGCUUUUCACUUCAUGUUUGGUCCUAUAUUACCUCGUGUAUUUUCCCACAUCAGAAAGUUGUACUUGUUGGCUGCCUGUUGUCUGUUCUAACAUAUACCCCUUGUACUGGAAGGAGUAUUUAAUCAGGGGUUGUGUGCCCUCACACUAAUCUCCUGCCCAGCACCCUGUCCUUCUGUGGCCUGGGUGCAGUACUGGAGAGGCUUGCAUUGUGGAGGUCUGUCUAGUACUGUACUUGAUAAGCAUAUCUAUACUGUAGACUUCUUACCUGUGCUAGAAAGAAUAAGGUGCAGGUGCUGUACUCGCGUUCUUGACGUUUUCUUCCCCUUUUUCCUCCCCCCAGUCCCUAGUUAAUUUCUAGGUUAUACCCACAUUCUGGGUUUGUUCAGUCUAAUGGCAUAGUGGCAGGGCCGUGGGCCUUGGUUCUGAGAUUUGCUUACCUGAGUCUUCUUUUGUGCUAUUGUUUUAAAACAAAAAAGGAGUAAUAAAAAACUGAAAAAUGAUAAAAACAAAAAAAAAAAGUUGGCGUUAAUAAAGACAAACUGUGAGUGUGUAAUAA